AUGACAAAUAAGUAUACUGUACAUCUAUGGGGGGCUGGUGGUGCACCUAGUCUGAUUUCGCCAGAGUCCAUGGCAUUGUUCUGGUGGUUAAAUAUGCAUAAUGAUGAGUUUCAGCAGGGCCAGAUAGAGAUAGUCUUUUCCAAUAAUACAGAUAUGUCCCUUAAUGAUCAAUUACCUGUCAUGCAUAUCACGGAUGCAUUGCUGACUUCUACAAAACAAAAAUGUGGAUUUGUCGAUGUCGUCACAUAUCUAGAAUCAAUCAUUGGUAUUGAAGUCCAUGGAAAAGGGCAGGGAUUACUAAAUAGUGCCCUGUUACAGUACACGGCAGAUACAUUGAGAGUUCUCAGCCAUUACCAAUUAUAUCUGAAUAGGAAAAAUUACUCUGAUUUUACAAGGAAAGUGUUUUCCACCAUGCUUUACUGGCCAAUGUGGUAUAACACACCUUUACAGAAUAGAAGCAAAGCACGUCACGAAUGUCAAGAUAUAGUAGAUAGUAUAUCUGAUGAAGAUGAAGGAGAAAGAGAUAAUGAAGAAGAUGAAGAUGGGACAAUGGGUGAAAGUUUGGGGGCAGGCUUGGCCCAAUCCAAACCGUUCAAGCUACAACAAAGAAGGCAACAAAUGAAUAAAGAACAAUUGCAAGAGCUAAAGAAUAACACACGCUACUUCCACAAAUUGGACAAGUUCCUUACAGAGUGGUUUGCAAUGAGGAAAAACCUGGCCGGCGAUGAUGUGGAUGCUAUUAUGGUUUUAUUCUUGGCGCACUUAAACGUUCAGUUAGAACUACCUGAAGGUGAUAAAGUUAAAGAUAUACUAGAAACUAAAUUUGCAGAUGAAUGGGAAUGGUUGCAACCACAUCUCGGAGCUAUGAAACGGUUACCAAACGUGGUGAGAGUGAGACCAGCUGUGUUCAGAGAACAGGGCAAUAUGGUGAUGUCGUUGUAUAACGUUUUAUAA